CAUGCUGACUCAUCGCGUAGGGUUGGCAAGAGAAGCUGUCUGCUCUCAAGGUCGCCGCGUUCCCAUGGGACCCACAGCCAGAGCCUCCGCGCCAGCCGCCGACGGUCCCGUCCAACGUGAAGACGGAGCCCGACAUGGGGCCUAACGUGUCCGCGCCCCAGGAUCAUGUCAACUUUCCAAAUGUGGCCAUCAAGGCAGAGAGGGGCUAUGAGCCUCCGCUCUCCUCGUACCCGGUCAACAAUGGCUACGGAGGGGGCUACAAUGGCGAGCUAGCGCAGCAGCGAGCUCAAGCACUGGUCGCUCAGCGUCUCCAUAACCACCAGGGAAUGCCGCAACCGCAGCACCACACUGGACAGAUCCCUAUGCAGCAUCAGCAACGCAUGAUGGCUGCCCAGCAGCAGCAGCGUCCGCCUCAGCAGAUGCAGCAGCGCCCGCCACAAGGUCACGUCUACACCUCGCAGACUGACGGUGCUGGCGAUUCCCUUGAAGACUGGAACGCGUUGAAAUCGGCUCGAGCUGCCGAAGGCGACGAAGGCCGACUUGCAGCCGACCAGUACAUGCGCGCUCAAGUCGAUGCACUAGCUGCCCGCCAGGACAGCGGUCUCAUGAUGCCUCUGGACAAGAUGCCGAAAGGCAGGAAACGCAAGGCAGCCACCCGUGUGCUUCAAGCCCAAGAUGCUGAGAAGGCGCCAUCAAGCGGUGAGGCGCGGGGUCCGGCUCGGUUUGAUGGCGACGACGAUGAUGAUCCGGAUGCGAUCAACUCUGACCUGGACGACUCCGACGAUAAUAUCGAUAAUGGGGAUGGCAGCGACGAUGAGACUAUGGACUACAUGCUCUGCACGUAUGACAAGGUGCAACGGGUCAAGAACAAGUGGAAGUGUACUCUCAAGGACGGUAUCUUGACGACGAACAAGAAAGAGUAUCUCUUCCACAAGGCCAACGGCGAGUUUGAGUGGUAAUAGGCUCAACCGCGAUGUUGCGAGGUCUACACGAGCUGUUCCGUUUCCAUACUGUACCAUACAUGAUCUCGUCUUUUCUAUCUCUGUCCCUCUAUCCCGCCGUCGGCCUUCCCGUGGACAUCCACCGCGAGCAUCGAGAUUG